AUGGAUCUUGGGAGCAAAGGAAGAAUCCACUGCAACAUGAAACUCACCUGCUUUCUGCUAAUCAUGGCAGUGUUCUGCAUGACACCUUUCCUCUGCCAUAAUCAAAUUAACCCUCUAGCUCUUGGGCGGGCAGACCCCCAGUGUUGGGAAUCUUCCUCAACUGCCUUACUGGAGAUGAGGAAACCUCGCAUUUCUGACUCUGUCAGUGGCUUUUGGGACUUCAUGAUCUUCCUGAAAUCAUCAGAGAACUUGAAACAUGGGGCUUUGUUCUGGGACCUGGCUCAGCUCUUCUGGGAUAUCUAUGUGGACUGUGUGCUCUCCAGAACCCACGGCCUAGGGAGAAGGCAGCUAGCCGAAGCUGAGCAGAAGAUUGCUACUCUACAUUCUCAGUUCACAGGGAGAAACCAAGGGAUAUUUUCUCAUAUUCAGAGGUCGCCAGUUCUGAAGAAGACAUUUGAAGAUUUAAUAAAUAUCCACAUGCAUAAGAGUAGAUCUACAUUACUUGGAAGAAUCAUUGGAGAGCUAGGAAAAAAGAGGAAAUUACACAUUUAG